UCCUCUUAACACCUUUUUGUUGUGUCUUCUUUAUCCUAUAUGAGUAGCACCAUAUAGCUUUAUUGUCCUAACACAGAGAGAAGCUUUCACACAAACAUGGACAGAACUUCCAUUUGUCCCAAAGAACCCAUCUUCCUCCACCCUAUUAUUACCAACCCUAAAAACAACUACGACAACAACAACUCCUCCGCCAGCCGGUCGUCGGAUUCCGCCGACGCCGCCGGAGACGGCGACGGCAGGUGGGCGUCGAAGCUCCUCCGCGACUGCGCCGCCGCCAUGUCGGAGAAGGACUCCGCCAAGAUCCACCACCUCCUCUGGAUGCUGAACGAGCUCUCCUCCCCCUACGGCGACUCCGACCAGAAGCUGGCCUCCUACUUCCUCCAGGCCCUCUUCUGCAAGGCGACCGACUCCGGCCGCCGCUGCUACAAAACCCUAAUCUCCGUGGCGGAGAAGACCCACUCGUUCGACUCCGUCAGGAAACUGACCCUCAAGUUCCAGGAGGCCACCCCGUGGACAACCUUCGGACACGUGGCGUCCAACGGCGCCAUGCUGGAAGCCCUGGAAGGAGAGACCAGGAUCCACGUCAUCGACAUCAGCAACACCGCCUGCACACAGUGGCCGACCCUUCUAGAAGCUUUAGCGACGAGGAACAACGACGAAACCCCGAGGCUCAAACUCACGGUCGUCGUCACCACAACCGUCGCUAAAUCCGUCAUGAAGGAAAUAUCGCCAAGAAUGGAGAAAUUCGCCCGGUUAAUGGGUGUGCCGUUCGAGUUCAACGUGAUAACCGGUCUGAACCGGCUGAGUGAACUCACUAAGGAAGGGUUAGGUGUUCUAGAAGACGAAGCCGUAGCCGUGAACUGCAUCGGAGCACUACGAAGGGUCGACAUCGAAGAACGAACAAGUUUCAUCCAAACGAUCAAAUCUCUAAACCCUAAAGUAUUCACGAUCGUGGAAGAGGAGGCGGAUUUCACGAGCUCGAGGGGCGAUUUCGUAAAAUGCUUCGAGGAGUGCUUACGGUUCUACACGAUGUAUUUCGACAUGCUGGAGGAGAGCUUCGGCCCCACUAGCAACGAGAAGUUGAUGCUGGAGAGGGAAUGUUCUAGAAGCAUCGUUAGGGUUUUGGCUUGCGAUGAGGAUGAUCGUGAAAUGGACGACGUGGACAGGAGGGAAACGGGGCGGCAGUGGGCGGAGAGGCUGAGUAGUGGCGCCGGGUCGGGUUUUAAGAGUGUCGGGUAUAGCGAUGACGUCAUCGAUGAUGUAAGGGCGUUGCUGAAGAGGUAUAAAGCUGGAUGGUCAGUGGUUUUACCAGCUGCAGGAGAAGAUGAUCAAUUAGGGGUUUACUUAGCCUGGAAAGAUGAACCUGUAGUAUGGGCUUCCAUUUGGAAACCCUGAUCAUAAUAACAACAUAUUAUUUUAUAUUAUAAUAUAUAUAAAUGGUUAUCAUAAUAUACUA